GUCUAUGAAAAUUGACAGCAGCGCACUCAGCGCAGUAUAAUUGUGUUUUGCUUUUCGUUUUGUUAUAAUUGUUGUAGCGGCUGAGAUUUUAUUUAUUUAAUUUAUUGUAGUUACGAUUUCAAUAUGAACGCACCACCGACCUUUGAAUCAUUUCUUUUAUACGACGGUGAAAAAAAAGUUCAAAAAGAAGAAGACUCAAAAGUGACAAAUGCUGCAAUAUUCACUGUCAAUAAGGAAGAUCAUACACUUGGAAAUAUGAUAAGACACCAACUUCUCAAGGAUCCAAAAGUUUUGUUCGCGGGAUAUAAAGUGCCUCAUCCUCUGGAGCAUAAGUUUGUGUUGCGCAUCCAAACCACUUCUGAUUACACACCUCAAGAAGCCUUCAUGAAUGCUAUCACAGAUCUAACCUCAGAAUUGUCUCUCUUUGAGGAGAGAUUUAAAGAAGCUAUCAAAGAAAAGAAAGAUGGUUUGGAUUAAAUUAAG